AUGUCUCACCCUCCGCCGCCCUCCGCCGUCCCGGGCCCGGGCUCGGCGCCGGCUCACCACCAACGCCCGCCCGCCGCCACGCCCGACGCCACGCCAGGCAAGAUCCGCUUUUUCGGCUCCCAGGUCGGCGGCGAGUCCGUCGUCAACUACGGCUACACUGACAUGCCCAUGAAGCUGCUCAUGUGGGACAUGCGCAACUUCUUUGUCUACAUCUGGUUCCUCCCCUGGAUCGUCUGGCCCCUCAACCCGGCCAACAGCGGCGACUUUGACGAGCUCGCCUUCAACCGCUCAAAUGCCUGGUGCAUCUUUGUCCACCUCAUCCUCAUCGCCCUCCAGCUCGGCUUCAUCGUCGCCCUGCCCUUCUCGCUCCUGUUCCCAUUGUGGAUCGACGCCCUGGCCAUAGCGCUCUUCUUUACGCUCAACUGGGCAAUCUGCCUUCUCCUCAAUGGCAGGACCAAGACCAUGGUCUCAGACCCUAAGUAUGCGGUCGAGGAGGACCAUCCACACGAGCAGUGGAUCUUUCUCAACGGCGUGGCUGCAGGAGAAGCCUGGCUGGUCAGCAACAUCAAUCGCCUGGCGCUGACGUUCCGGCGUCCCGUCAUCGGCAUCCACAACCGCACGAGCGGCAUCCUGUUCGACGUCGUCGAGUGCCUGAUUCAGCGCAACUUUGGCUACGCCACCGGCGACGUGCGUGAGGCGUACAAGGUUGUCAAGGACAAGCUGUACAACCCGCAGUACUCAAAGGUCGUCUUCAUCCUGCACUCCCAGGGCGGCAUUGAGGGUGGGCUUGUGCUCGAUUGGCUCCUUCAGGAGAUGCCCCAGGACUUGCUGGCCAAGCUCGAGGUGUACACUUUUGGCAACGCCGCGAACCACUUCAACAACCCACACCUGCACGUCAAGGCCCAGGAAAUGCAGGAGCAGCACUCCGCAGCAGCACUGCGCCAUCACUGUGAUGGCGAGGCGAUCCCCGUGACCGACUCGCCGGUCGAGUACAAGUCAUCAGCAUCCCCCACCAACACUCGGUCAUCCAAACUUGCUGACCUGGCAAUGACCUCGUCGAGCACGACUAACGGCGACAGCAACAGCAACGCCAAGAUUCAAAACCGCGGGACCACAACCACCACAACAAACUCGGCAGCAGCCCACGUCAUCCCAGCCACCUCGGACCGCGUCAUAGCCCAUGUCGAGCACUACGCGCACACGACCGACUUUGUCGCGCUCUGGGGCGUCCUGCACUUCGCCACCGCGCAGAUGGCCAACAAGCAGCUACCCCGUUUCAUCGGGCGCGUCUUUGCCCGCACGAGCCCCCGUGGCGGCCACCAGUUCUGCCAGCAUUACCUGGACGGCAUGUUCCCGCUGGAGUUGGACCCACAUGGGGACGGCAAGAACGAUUUCCUGGGCUGCGCAGAGACAAACGAGUUCAUGGAGAGCAUCGUCGAGGACGCGGCAGCGGGCAGCGACGCUUUCGGGACAGGGCUUCCCACGACAACGGCGGCGACGACGAUGACGGCUGGACCUGGCGGCGACGGGCAGCAGCCGAGCAGACCUGUCGUCUCGACCGCCGAUGCCCGGCCCAAUCACACCGCCGCCGCCGCCACUAACACUGCCAGCAAGGAACAAGGGGAACCAUGGGACCUGCGCGAAGACCUCGCCACCUCCCUGGCCAUGCUGCUGCCCUUGCCCGACCGGGCCGCGGUCCUGCCCACCGCCGCCGACACCGAGGUCCAGUUCCACGGCGGCAGCGGGACUUUCGGGCCGGCACCCAGUCACAAGGGCCCAGUCCGCGUCAAGGAUCUGAGCAGGUUAUGGCUGUACCGCAACGGGCGCAGCCCGCCCGACGUGCCGAGGGGGAUGGCCGUCGGCGCGGACGGGCUGGCUCGGGGGCGGACGCUGUGA